AAGCACACAAAGCUGUUCAGCGCGCUUCCGUGAGGACGAAAAGGCCACGUGGUGCUUGUAUUAGCAUAAAGAUUUACAAAUUAGUCGCCAAACGUGACACGCAGGCCAACAGGGAGGAAAGGAAGAGGCUCGCCAAGUGCUCGCUUAAACGUCGCUUCCAUUAGUUCAUCAAACAGAUUACAGCCGUCACUACGCGCCUGGGCGUCAGGCAAAUCGAUUAAGUGGGUGUGGAAAAGAAGCGAGAUUAACGUGUUUUGCAUAGAGUGGGGAAUCAUUCAAACGCGGGCAGGUGACUCGGUGUUGAGCGGUGAUGGACUUUGUGGCUGGCUGCAUCGGUGGUGCUGCUGGAGUUUUAGUUGGUCACCCAUUUGACACAGUGAAGGUCAGACUGCAGGUCCAGAAUGCUAGUAAGCCUCUGUACCGCGGCACCUUUCACUGCUUCCAAUCAAUCAUUCGCCAGGAGUCGAUGUUUGGUUUGUACAAAGGCAUCGGCUCCCCCAUGAUGGGCCUGACCUUCAUCAACGCUAUCGUGUUCGGCGUGCAGGGCAACGCCAUGCGCAUGCUGGGCCGGGACACGCCCACCAACCAGUUCUUGGCGGGCGCGGCGGCGGGCGCCAUACAGUGCGUCAUCUGCUGCCCGAUGGAGCUGGCAAAGACGCGUAUGCAGAUGCAGGGCUCGGGUGAGAAAAAGUCCUCCCGGAAGAUGUACAAGAACUCCGUGGACUGCCUGUUGCGCAUCUAUCGCCGCGAGGGCGUGCGGGGCAUCAACAGGGGCAUGGUGACCACCUUUGUCCGCGAGACGCCGGGUUUCGGGAUCUACUUCCUGGCGUACGACGUGCUGACGAGGCAGCUGGGCUGCGAGCCCGACGACCGCUACCUGAUCCCCAAGCUGCUGUUCGCCGGCGGCUUGGCGGGCAUGGCCUCGUGGCUCUCCACCUACCCGGUGGACGUGAUCAAGUCGCGGCUGCAGGCGGACGGCGUGGGCGGCGUCAACCAGUACGGCGGCAUCGCCGACUGCGUGCGGCAGAGCGUGCGCAAGGAGGGCUACGUGGUGUUCACGCGGGGGCUCACCUCCACACUGCUCCGCGCUUUCCCCGUCAACGCCGCCACCUUCGCCACCGUCGCGCUGGUGCUCAUGUACGCGCGGGGGCCCGAGCAGGGCGCCGGCGACUGCGAGGCGGCGUCCCAGCCCGCCGGUCGUCACCCUCAAGGUCAGGCUCAAGCCCAGACUUCAGGCCUGUGAGUACGCUUCUCCGUUCCGUCUACUGAUGACACUUUACAGCCCCAGCGAGGCGAAGUCCCGACCGCUUAAUCACGACGAUCGCCGGCUACGUUUUGAACUUCCUCAAGCCCAACCUUUUUUUUUUUUGCUUCGCAGUUGUUCAAACUUGUCAUGGGGCAACCAGUUGCACGUAUCAUGCUGAGAUAUGCACUUGUUUGUGUGUAUUUAUGAGGCAUGGAUGAAGGUAAAAAAAAAAUCGGGAGGAUAGUUAAAUAUCCUCCCCCGGAAAACAUCAUUGAGAUUAUAAAUCAUUUUCCUCCUCCAAAAUACUGUUGAAUUGUCAGAAUUUUGCACCUUAUUUUCUUGAUGCAACUAUAUUUUCAAUACUUGUCUUUUUUUUUUGUUCCCCAGAAUAUUACAUUUUAUCCUCAUAAAUGUGUUGAAGUUAUUCUGGCAUCAUAGUUUUUUUUUUUUUUUCCUUUCAUGAGUUAAAUUUGCGUCGCACCCAUUUGCGUUGAUACAAUCAAAAAAAAAAAAAAAAAAAACGAGCGUGAUUUGAUUGACACCCGGGACCAAAAGCGCUUUAGAAAUGCACAACAAAGAUAUGGGGUGGCGGCAUGUGGAGGGACCAAUAACCAAAAGAGGGAGGGAAUAUUUAUAACUGGUGUGUUUAUAACAUUUUUUGAUGGGAGGUGGGGGGGGGGGGGCAUUGGGGGGUUUGUGCGUACAAGGUUUUUACUUCUGAUGAAUGUAUUAUAUUUCUGAUCCAGAACUGGACGGUGCUGUAAUAUAAUGACACCUAUUUAUGUUUUGGAAAGUGUGCAAAAUAAUUUUCUCUCCCGUGAUGCUUUUACAAUCCGGAAUGCUGGAUUUGUUGCUAGGAAGAAAAAAAAUAAGUCAAGCUAUGCAAUCAGCUGAGCAUCAAAUGUUUUUUUUUUUUAUGGUGAACCUUCUCUGAAGCACAAAGAAUAACUUCUUUUUUUUUUCUUUCUGUGACACACUUGAAAAAGUACAAAGGAGUAUUAGGGCCAUGCAGAAAAGAGGUCAAAUAUGAUAAUUUAGGAGGGAAAAAAAAUAUGUAUUUUCUGAGAUUCGUAGAUGCACAUUGAAGGAAGAUGGUUUUAUAUUUUGGGAUUUUAAAAAAAAAUCAUUUCAGAUUUUUAGUCUUUCAAGGAAAAAAAAAGAUUUUGAGAAUGCACUUGUGUAGUUUUCUUACGUUUAAUCGUGGCAUAUUAAAAUGAAUGAAAACUUCAUUUUCAUGGGAACUUUUUGCCCAGAAAAACGCAACAAAAUGCCCCGACGUUUUUUUUUUUUUUUUUAAUAUCCUUUCAGUGUAGCUCUAUUACUCCCUGGUUUGCAAAGCGGUUGAAUAAGAACCUGAUCUCGUAGUAGCCACGCGACUGUUUUGGUGGCUUGAGAGUAUCUGCUUUAUUGCCUUACUUUUUACACAAGCCGAGUUCAUGUGACGGAAGAAUUGUUUUGGAGAUGGUUUCUAUUGUACAAAGAAUAUGUAUAUGCAACAUAGAGACUUUUUUUUUCUCUGUCUCGUGAGGUUACAAGUGUGCAAUUUGAAUAUUUUAUUUGUCUCAUGUGGUUGACUGUGAGAGUUCAACGUGAAAGACGUAGACAUGAUAAUGUAUGCAUUUUGUUGUGGCAAUAAUCCUCUGCACAGUGAGGUCAAUAUUUUUUCUUUUUAAUACA